AUGGGACUAUCUACAUUGCACAACAUCAAAGUCUCUGAACACUCAUGUCCUUUCUUUCACCAAGCAGAUGGUGGUAGACCAGUGGUGGACACGAUCUAUGGAACAAUUCGAGGGACAACGUUAACAGUAAAAGAGGUGGACAGAACUGUCCAUGCUUUCUAUGGAAUCCCUUUCGCCAAACCACCAGUGGGGCCUCUACGAUUUGCAGCACCAGAGGCACCUGAACCCUGGAAGUCUGUAAGAGAAGGUGCAGAAUAUCCACCCAUGUGUCUUCAGCCUUUGGAAAUGACCAAAAAAAUGAUGGAAUUAAUAGAAGUGAAGAUCACUUAUCCUACAGUGUCUGAAGACUGUCUGUACCUAAAUGUCUUUACUCCAUCUGACCGAGGUGACAACGCCAGGUUACCAGUCAUGGUGUAUAUACACGGUGGGGGACUGGUAUUGGAGUCCGCCUCUCUUUAUGAUGGAUCUGCACUGAGCGCCCAUGAAAAUGUGGUGUAUGUGGCGAUACAGUACAGACUGGGAUUUCUGGGAUUCCUCAGCACUGGAGAUGGGCAGGCGGCCACUGGAAACUAUGGACUUUUGGACCAAGUGGCGGCUCUCCAGUGGGUUCAGGAGAACAUUAAGGAUUUUGGAGGUGACCCCGGAUCUGUCACUAUAUUUGGAGAGUCAGCAGGUGGAGCCAGCGUCUCUGCACUGGUCCUCUCCCCACUGGGCAAGGGUUUGUUCCAUCGUGCCAUCGCACAGAGUGGAGUGGCCAUAAUGCCAGGACUCAUGGCCAGCUCACAGGAGGAGCUCAUUUUCUAUAGGGAUGUAAGUAAAUUCCUUACUCACCAGAUCCUGAUCCCCGCAUCACCACUACCAUCAACCAGUGGGACAAAAUCAUUACUUUCCAUUUCUCUGAACUUCUUCCUAUGUCAUUCCUACAUUUCUCCAGAUGUUUCUAUUAUUCAUUAA